CCUGGGCAGCGCUGGCAGCGCGCCCCGCGCCCGAGCCGCAGUCGCGCCCUCUCGCUGCCUGGCGAAGCGCAGAGGCAAGCGCCGGGGAAAGAAGCUGCCCGCGCCGCCGUCAGGGCGUCGGGAUGGCCGUGGGCUCGGUCAAGAUGCAGCCGCCGUGCGAGAGCCCGGCCCUGCGCCGCAGCCCCAGCGCCCGCGAGUGCGAGCAGCCCCCCGCGUCCCUGCGGCCGCGGCUGAAGGACCUGCCGGCGCUGCUGCGGAGCGGGCUCACGCUGCGGAGGAAGCGGAGCGUCGCCGGGGGCCGGACUCUCUCGAGAAGAAUUUCCAACCCAUACCUUGAACAUACAUCUUCCCAGAUUUAUGGGGAGAAUUCUUCGUGUGCAGGAAGAGCACUGAGGAAUAUUAUUAUCGUUCAGGCAGCUGACCUGAUAAAGGACAGAGUGAACCUCAAGGGAUUUUACAGGAGAAGCUGCGUUGGGUCGGAACUGGUGGACUGGCUCCUGGAGCACUGCCCUUUCGUCCAGUGCAGGUCCAUGGCCGUCGGGGUCUGGCAGCUCCUGCUGGACAUGGGAAUCAUGUCAUCAGUGGACCAGCAUUUAUACUUUCAAGAUACCUAUGUCUUCUAUCAGUUUUCAUCCGACGAGUGCAGCUACUUGUACUGUGAGUUCGAGAGAGAAGACGAGUGGCAGAACGGAGUCAGGCUGUUGCUGCAGCUGGUGCCCCUGCUCCCCGCCAGAGCCGGCCUCUGCGAGCUGUCUCACCAGAAAAUCGAAGACUCGGAGGAAAGCAGUGACGAAAUUCUUGCUCGCCUGACAUCUGCGGUGCAGAGAGAGCUAGCAGCUGUUAUCGCUUUGAGAGCGAAGAAGUCUGCAAUUGAACAAGAUGAAGAAAACAGUGACAAGCACGUGGCGGCGACGGAAGCGGAUGGUGUCCCGGGUUCUCAGGCAGGGGUGAUGUGCAAGCUUCAGGAGCGAGAUGACAUGGGGCGAAUCGAGCUGGUCCAGAAGCUGGCGAGAGACAACUGUCAGUUUUUGCAGACGGACAAAAAAGACCAGGAGAAGUCUGAACACGACGAAGAAGUGGUGACUGUCAGAGAGCAGGAGCGCAGUGUCCUGGUGCUGAAGAAGGUGCAGCGCGGUGGCCCGGCCCCCCCGGGCGGCAGCGCCGACAGUGAUUGGAGAUACGUGGUGGUGUCCGGGACCCCGGAGAAGAUCUUGGAGCACCUUUUGAAUGACUUGCACCUGGAAGAAGUCCAGGACAAAGAAACAGAGACCCUCCUCGACGACUUCCUCCUCACGUACACCGUCUUCAUGACGACUGACGACCUGUGCCAGGCGCUGCUGAGGCACUAUUCCGCUAAGAAGUAUCAAGGCAAAGAAGAAAACUCCGAUGUCCCUUGCCGGAAACGGAAGGUCUUACAUCUCGUUUCCCAGUGGAUCUCUCUGUACAAAGACUGGCUGCAUGAAGACGAGCACUCAAAGAUGUUUCUAAAGACCAUAUACAGAAACGUGCUGGACGAUGUAUAUGAAUACCCAAUACUCGAAAAAGAAUUGAAAGAAUUUCAAAAGAUACUUGGAAUGCACCGUCGUCACACUGUGGAUGAAUAUUCGCCGCAGAGGAAGAAUAAAGCCCUUUUCCACCAAUUCAGUCUGAAGGAGAACUGGCUCCAGCAUAGAGGGGCCGUGACGGAAACCGAGGAAAUUUUCUGCCACGUGUAUGUAACAGAGCACUCCUACGUCAGUGUGAAGGCCAGAGUUUCCAGCACGGCCCAAGAGAUCCUGAAAGUUGUGGCCGAAAAGAUCCAGCACGCAGAAGAGGACCUGGCUCUGGUGGCCAUCACGUUCUCCGGGGAAAAGCAUGAACUUCAGCCAAAUGAUUUGGCGAUCUCCAAGUCCCUGGAAGCAUCUGGUCGGAUAUAUGUCUACCGGAAAGACCUAGCUGACACAUUGAACCCACUGGCAGAAAAUGAGGAGUCACAGCAAAGGCCGAUGAGGAUUUUGGGAAUGAAUACUUGGGAUCUUGCUCUGGAAUUAAUGAAUUUUGAUUGGAGUCUCUUCAAUUCAAUUCAUGAGCAAGAGCUGAUCUACUUCACAUUCAGCAGACAAGGGAGUGGGGAACACACGGUGAACCUCAGCCUUCUGCUGCAGCGCUGCAACGAGGUCCAGCUCUGGGUGGCCACGGAGAUUCUGCUCUGCAGCCAGCUGGGCAAGCGAGUGCAGCUGGUGAAAAAAUUCAUCAAAAUCGCUGCCCACUGCAAAGCCCAGAGAAACCUGAACUCAUUCUUUGCCAUCGUGAUGGGUCUCAACACCGCCUCUGUCAGCCGGCUGUCCCAGACCUGGGAGAAAAUCCCUGGGAAGUUUAAGAAACUUUUCUCUGAACUUGAAAGCUUGACAAACCCUUCCCUGAAUCACAAAGCCUACAGAGAUGCAUUCAAAAAGAUGAAGCCACCCAAAAUCCCGUUCAUGCCCUUGUUGCUUAAAGAUGUAACAUUCAUUCACGAGGGAAAUAAGACCUUUUUGGAUAAUCUUGUCAAUUUCGAAAAGCUGCACAUGAUUGCCGACACCGUCCGAACCCUGAGACACUGCAGGACCAGCCAGUUCGGAGGUGACAUGUCUCCGAAAGAGCACCAGGAGUUGAGAUCCUACGUGAACCACCUGUACGUCAUCGACAGCCAGCAGGCCCUGUUCGAGCUCUCGCACCGGAUGGAGCCUCGGGUGUGAGCCCCGCCCCCGCCCCGCCGCCACGCCUCCCCUCCCUGAGCGACUGCAGCACUUCCAGCCGCGGGAAGGUCGAUGCCCAGCUCGCCCCUUUCCUGCGGGAAGCGAAGUUGCUGAGUUCUAUCAGUGCAUCACAAGAGUGCACAGGAGAGCCGACCAAAGCGUGCUCAGGAAGUGACCUCGGCCGCCAGAGGAGGGGAGAGGCCUCUCCUCACUGCUCCCGGAACGAGAAGACAGGGGAGUCAGAGCUCCCUUGGGAUGGAGAUGGAGAAGUCUGGUUUCUCACCCUGACAUUGUUGGUGCUGCCCGAUGUUCAGUCUGAGACGUGCCCCCACUGAGAGGAGGGAGCGCGUCUUGGUGUCCAGUGACCAGACACUUAAGUGAGAGUGUGCAGGAGCCAGGAAGCUGCCCGGCUUUACCUGGUGGCAGGUUGUCGUUUCCAGGUUGUCGAAGAAGGAGCUUGUCUGAAGUGAUGGCACCGCCAGAUUUCCAGGGAGAAGGCGUGGUCUCUGUCAAUACAAACUGUGAUGUCGCCAAGGGCCACUCGUGUCCAGGGAGUCAGCGAGGACCAGCGGCGGGCAGCCGUGCUCUGACUUCCGAAAGGGCAACGCCAGGCACACGCUUCUUUGCCCCCACAAUGGCUUGCAGGUGCUGGCUCACCAGUGAAAUUCGUGUCUGCACCACUCGUCUGCAGCCACGGGCAAGUCAGGCUGAGUCUCUUUGCCAAUAAGGAAACAAUAGGAAUCUUUAGGGAAAUUGACUCAUUAAUUUCUGGGGGUUUUCUUUACACGUGGGAGCAGGCUCUCGUCUCUGGUUGGGAACAAGGUGGUUUGGGGAAGAGCACGGUGCCUGACACAUCCUGGGCGCUCUGUCACUGGUGGUCGAGGUGACAGAGUCACAGAGGUCUGCGCUCUGGUGCCUGGCGAUGCCCUCAUGUUCUGCCCGCCCCCGCAGGUGCCUGGCACACCCUGCACAGCGAUUACAGCUCAUCCUGGGAGGGUGAAUGGGGCGGCAAGUGCAGAGCACUCAGCAGCCCCCAGAGAAGAGCGAGGCCAUGAGAUGGUGGCGCUCACCCGUAUUACAGCGAAUGGAAAGAGCCCCGAGAUAUCCAGAUGUCUGAUACAUGGGGGACUCUCACAAGUCCCAUUCAUUGUUCACCUUCCAACCAGGAGAGCAGAUUUCCUGUAAUUUUCCCAUUUUUUCAGCCUUUUAAGUCUUUUUUAUGCCCAUUUUUAUAGAGUAGGGCUGCUCUGGUAAACGAGACGCCUGCUGUUCUCAAGACUGAUUGCAGCUCCCUUGACCUUCACAUGAACAAAGCGGCCUCUUGGAUGCGGUCACGAAGUCCACCCCUGCCGGCGAGACGCUCGUCACGUCGCUAGAGCACACGUGCGAACCCUGGUGCCCACUCCUCCCCGCUCCCGCCCGUUCUUCUCUGAGGAGCCUGCGCAGAACUGCUCCUUGUGUCUCAUCGGCACCUCUUUCCUGCGCUGUGCCCGAUGCUUUCUGACGCCUUGAUGGCCGUGCCGCUGCCCGGGCUCAGGAACCUCACUGCGCCUGGGAGGUUGAUGGAAGCAGCCACAGGGAGAAGAUUUACUUUGGUAGGACUUUCAAACAGGUUCAGUCCCUCCCAGCAUCUAAAACUCCAGUCCUGAAGAGUUAACAGCAUUCUGUGGAAAGGCGCCGUCCAGGGCUGGCCCACUUAGAGGGAUGCUCCAGGCUGCAGGGAAUGGAAUCCGACCCAGUGGAGGAGACCAGCGCCUUGGAACCGGGGAGACGGACUUCUCUCCUCGCUGAGCAGACACGGGAGAAGCUCAGGCCGUGUCUGAGGAUGGCGUGCACUCACCACGUGCACGGGUGAUCUGGUCUGUUCUCUACGUUGGGACGUAGCGUUGGCCCCGUCAAACCACACAGGGUCCUUUGGACGGUGUCUCCAUGUUUUGCAAUUUAAAUUUGAUUCACGGGAAGCCUACAUCACUCCAACUGAAACUAUUUCAGUUGCUCUAGUAGCGAACUCUGUCAGCACGGCACCUGCUGGUUAGAGCUCACCUCACCAGUGCAUGCCGCCGAAGGAUCCCCAUGUGCAUCAAGGUUGGACCCAGCCCGCAGGUGCAGGCAGAGCCUGACUCCCGGCCCGGGUGGAAACAGCAGGGCAGGCAGGGCGGGUGCCUGUCACCAUGUCCUCCCCGUGGCCCGGUGGCUCUCGGGGCAGACGGGAAGGGAGGCUUUUGUUUCAUUUAGAUUUGCUUUUCCAUGCCCAUCUUUCAAAUGCCAGAAUCUCUGGCUCUUUCUCAAAUUUAACAGCUGUCUCCGGAGAUUUCCUGGGCUUCAGCUCUCAGAAAUUUCAGAAGCUCUGAGCAGAUGUAAAUCUGGAAUUAAAGAAUUCAGGGCAGAAUCGUGGGGGCCAGGAUCACUCAACGCAAAGCUCUUCCUAACAGAGCCGAGCUGCCCAACAGUGGCCCGGCCAACGCGGGACUUAGCGAUUCCCUGUCGACGGGGAAAGGCCGUGUCCCUCCCCCAGGGUUUGCCUCGGCCCCCGUGGAGGAGGUGGUGUUCCGGCUAGAAGGUCGGACUGGAGGACAUCCACGCUGCUUUUCAGCUGAGGUUUUCAUGACCUCGUGAAAUCUCCAUCCCCCCUGAACAUCUGUAACCCGCCGCCUUCGCCGGUGAGGGGCGCACGGCUGCGUCUGCGUGGCUCUUCUGGCUGCAGCGCAGCUUCCGACCGUCCUGCGGGUCUGGGGUCUGCCGGCAUCCCAGCGGGCCAGCCCUGCCUAGAAGUUAGCGCCAGGCAGGUUCUUGUAGGCCAGAUCGCAGCCUUCCCGGAUGUAUUUUUUUCCUGUACCUACUGACGGAUGCUCCGAAGACUAUAGUGUUUCAAACUCACUCUUGGUUAUCAUCCACACAGUUGCCAAAUGGUUGCCGCGGUAAAUAUUAUGGACUGCAUUCAUUCGAUUCUAGUAUCAUUAAUUAAAUUUAGAAUACAUUCAUUUUCGCAGACCCCCAUCCAUGGGCAAGUCAGGGGGAGGUGUACAAUAGCCACCCCCCCCUCAAUUGGCAGGAAAAGGUGUGGCCCUGUAAGGCUUCCCCGCCUCCUAGCGGGAGACACAGUUACAGGAGACCCGGUGAUGACAACGUCGGACCCCCAGAGCUGGCUUGCCCUGCUGCCCCCGCCCCGCCCCCCCCUGCUGCCUUGUUAUAGCAUCCUGUACAUGAGUCCCAGACUUAGUGACCCUGAAUGGCACAACCAAUCCAAGCUUCUCGGGAACUAGGCACAGACAUUACGACGGGGCGGUCAGGUGCCCUGCAGCUGUCCACAUGCGGUUUCUUCUCAAUGCUUCGAACACGUCCUUAAAAUUUCAGCCUGCCCAUUGACGAGCAGGCCGUUGUGCUGAAAACUGGUGGGGGUGGGGGGAGGGGAGUUUUUAAAAAUUGCCAAAAAGUUAGAUGAAAAUAUACUACUGUAAAAAGCAGAGCUGUAUAUACGAAACGUUUUCUAGCAGAGUACUAUUUAUUUGCAUAACCUAUUUAUUGUACUCACGUGACACUGUUAGGGAAUCCUGGGACGGCAUCGAUGACUGCAGCAGGGGCUCCUGCCUUUCCACGGGUCACCGAGGAGGACCGCCGUGACCUCAUCGGCGCGCAGUGACCAGUGGAAGAGAGCAAGUCCGCGGCCAGGGUGUCUACCUAACUUCUCAGGGACUGCAUUCCAUAGUUUGCCACCAUUACCAGAGCUGGUGAAUAUGAAACGUCGGUUGAAUUACCAGAAUCGCCAUUAACAGUAUUUUCUUUCUCAGACAUCGUGCUUUCCACUUCUGUACAUAGGACUGUGCUGUGUAUUUAUCGAAGCUAGUGAGCAAUAAUUUAUAUGUGCAAAAGGCCAAGCAAUAUAAGGUGAAAUCUUAUAUAAGUCACGGUUACCUUUCCUUGUAUUUUCAAGUGUUUUUUUUUUAACUGCUUUUUCCAAAUACAAGAUCAUGUUAAAGAUACUA